AAAUAUUCGGAAUACUUUUGUUGUGAUCCUUACUAAUUGCUUUUCCUUCCGUGUUUUGAUGAGAACAGCAACCGAUUUAGAAAUUGAUGAUUAAUGUCAAUGAAUUAUGUGACAGGAAUAUAUUUUAAAAAUGAAAUUUAAUGCACUUAUUUUUCGCCUUUUAUACGUUCUGCUCAUAUCUUCAGUAAGUGGAAACAUCCAGAAUCAAUUAAGAUAUUUUGAAACUCUGAAGACAACAGACUUUACACACAGGGUCAAAAGGUCAUUAGAUCCCAAUCCUCACAGUUCGGCACACAUUACAGAGGUGACAGUCAACACUCUCGGAAGACAGUUUCAUCUAUACCUUAAGCCAUCAAACAUCCUGUCCUAUGGGUUUAAGGCGUCAAUUGUCCGAGGUAAUGGCAAAUCAGAACCUUUCUAUUUAAAUGGAGGAUCGCUUUUCACUGGAAAUGUUGCAGAUGAUGAAAGUGCUAUAGCAAAUGUGAAUUAUGAUGAGAAUGGAGCAAUUCUUGCCAACAUUGUCACUAAAGAUGAUACGUAUGUUAUUGAGCCAUCCUGGAGAUUAUUGCCAGAAUCAGACAACCACACUAUGGUGUCAUAUAGAAAAUCUGACAUGAAAUUUGAAUAUGCUGAUAAUGGACAACACAUACAUCCUGUAUGUGGCAUUAAAGAAGGGAAUGAUGAUGAUGAGUUACAUGGUAGAGUAGAAGUGGAACAGCAUGAAUCUCACAGAUACAAGCGCGAGACGUCACCAUAUCUUGCCGAGAGAACAACUUGCCAGUUGAUGGUUGUUGCUGACUACAUGUUCUACAGACAUAUGGGAGGAUCUUCAGCUAGAGCCACCGCCCUUUAUCUAAUUAAUGUGAUACAGUUUGUGAACACAAUUUAUCGCAACACGCAGUUUGACCAGUCCUCUAAUUCUAUGAUAGGUGUAGGGUUUGAGAUUGGAGAGAUGAGGAUACAUAAUGAGUCAUUUUCAGUAGAUACAAAAUUACAAGGGAAGAAUCACUACAACAUAGAGAGAGGGAAGUGGGACACAAAAGAUUUUCUAGAGGCAUUUAGUUUUGACAAGUACUUCAGGAGAUACUGUUUGGCACAUCUGUUUACAUACCGGCAGUUUGACGAUGGUGUCCUGGGGUUGGCAUAUAUCGCCUCAGAUAGAAGGGCUGCAGUUGGUGGUAUUUGCUCAAAAUCAUAUCCGAAGUACUCAGGUGUAAGCAUGACAUUAAAUACAGGCUGGAGUUCCUCCCAGAAUUCAGCAGGGCACAGAUUACUGGCUCUACAAGCACAACUUGUUACAUCACAUGAGUUUGGUCAUAACAUGGGCAGUGAACAUGAUCCUGAAACAAAAAACUGUGCCCCUUCAGAAUACAAGGAUGGUAAAUACAUAAUGUAUCCAUGGGCAGUGAGUGGAUACGAUAAAAAUAAUCUGCUUUUUUCACCAUGCAGUAGGGAGUACAUUUUCAAAGUUCUAAAAAUUAAAGGCUAUGACUGUUUUAUAGAGGGUCGUGGUGACGGAGCAUUUUGUGGAAAUGGCAGAAUAGACGAGGGGGAGGAAUGUGACGCCGGGUACCAUACUAAAAAUGACAUGGAUCUGUGUUGUAAUGAUAAAUGUCAGCUACGUGCUGGAAUGAAAUGCAGCCCAAUGAAUUAUGGGUGCUGUUCUGGGAUAUGUCAACCAGCAACUACUAACGUUACAUGUCGUCCUGCUUUAGAAGGUUCCUGUCUUGGCGAGAUCAAGUGCGAUGGCGUUCAUAUAACUUGUCCGAACAUCACAAACAACAUCGCAGACGAUACAGAUUGCGUCGAUCAAGGAAAAUGUAAAAAUGGCAUAUGUCAGAAUUUUUGUGAAAGAUAUAAUAAGGAUUAUACACCUUGUAUAUGUGGAAAGGAAGAAUUUGCGUGCUAUAGAUGUUGCCGUCACAAAUAUCAGAUGAGCGAGUGUGUACAAAUUAAUGACACGUUUCUCCCAGAUAAAAGACCGUGUUACCAAGGACUUUGUAACCAGGGUCGGUGUGAGAAGGUAAAGAGGGAUAUGAUCCUUCGGUUGUUUAAUAUUAUAGAAGAUAUAUCCAUCGAUCAAUUAGUUGAGUUUAUGAGAAGUAAUAUAGUGGGUACUGUUAUAGUAUUGUCUUUAUUGAUAUGGAUACCAGCUAGUUGUACCAUUAGUUUUAUUGAUAAAAAGAAUAAUAGGAAAGAAAAAGCCAAAAGGAAUUGGAUGAGUAGAUCU